UCAUGGAUGUUGCUGUUAUUGCAUUUGAUUAAAUGCAUAAUUCAGUAAAUUGUUCUUUUUCGAAUGUCCUUUUUUUCGUUCGUUUCAAUUCCGAUUGUUUAUUUGAUAGAUCUAGUGCAUAGACUCCAAUUAUAACACGUAGGUCAGAUACUGUCAUGGACGCGGCCCUUUGCUCUUUAUUUAAAAAAAAUAAUUGCCUGCACUAGUGCUCACCAUGGGCGUGUAAAUGAAGGGCAAAGCACCAGUCUCACUGCUGUUUAGUGUGUGUGUGUAUGCAACCUUUCCCUCCUCUGUGCCCGUCCUAUAAUUUUCAAUAGAACCAAAUGGUGCACUCCUCAGUGAACCGGAAUCACGUCAGGGUAUACAAUCUUGGAUACAAUAAUAGUGUACAAGUCUAUGGCCUAGUGCUGGUCGAUGAUUGGUUCUCGCCAGUGUUUACAUCAAACAGCUGGCCAGGUUCUAUACAGCGUGUCUAGUUUCGUUUUUACUCAAUCAAGCAGUCAACAUUUCGACGCAAUGUCUUCGGAAGUUAACGACUAAUUUGGAAAACUGAGUGAUCCAGCCCACAGGAGGAAUUACAAAUAUGCCGGAAGUCAAAAUUGUUUCUAGUAGCUCCAGAGACACAAAUCCAGCUUAUUUUCAGAACGGAAAUUCAGAACCUUCACAAAAUGGAGGAUCAGACAGUCAAGAUUCCUCAGUUCCCCCGUCACCCAUCACAUCGCGCCCAAGUUCUCCAACGGCCGCAAAGAAAUAUGUUCCCCUUAUAAACAGAAUCGUGAAAAGAGAACAGUCUGGUACUCCCUUUUUCUCUUUGGAAUUUUUCCCUCCCAGGACACAUAGUGGUGCUUUAAACCUGAUUUCCAGGUUUGAGCGUCUUGCAGCAGGAGGGCCACUCUUUUGUGACAUGACAUGGCAUCCUGCAGGGAACCCUGGGAAUACAGAGAAGCCAACGAGCUCAACAUGCAUAGCCGGCACCAUGCUUAACUACUGUGGCAUCGAAACCAUGCUUCACAUGACCUGUGUGGGUAUGACUGUUGAGGAGAUCAAGGAGAAUCUGAACAAAGCCAAAGACCUGGGGAUCAGAAGCAUCCUGGCCCUGAGAGGAGAUUUGCCGGAGGGUGAUACUGAGUGGAAGGGAAUCGAAGGAGGUUUGAACUACUCCACUGAUUUGGUCAGGCUGAUUAAGCAGGAGUUCGGUGACCACUUCGUUAUAUGUGUUGCUGGAUAUCCCACCGGCCACCCUGAAUGUAGCUCUUACGAAGAUGAUCUCAGAUACUUGAAGGAAAAAGUGGACGCUGGCGCUGACUUCAUUAUCACACAGUUGUUCUUCAAACCAGAGACUUUCCUGGACUACGUGAGAGAUUGCCGCAGGAUCGGCAUCAACAUUCCAAUUAUUCCCGGAAUCUUGCCCAUACAGGCAUACCAGUCACUCCGUCAUAUAGUCAAACUUUCUAAACUGGAAGUGCCCAGUGAGAUUAUCCAAAUGAUCACACCAAUCAAAGACAAUGACGAAGCCAUUAGGAAGUAUGGCAUCGACCAGGCUGUUGAUCUUUGUAAAAGCCUCCUGAAUGCUGGCUUCCGAGGCCUGCACUUCUACACCUUAAACCGUGAAGUGGCUGUGAGGGAAGUGUUGAAACAGUUAGGACUCUGGAAAGACAAAGUUUCCCGAUCAUUGCCUUGGAAAAAGACGGCAAAUUACAACCGCUCAGAGGAAGAAGUGCGUCCAAUCUUCUGGAGGCUCCGGCCCAACAGCUACGUGUAUCGUACCUCGGACUGGGAAGAGUUUCCAAAUGGUCGCUGGGGAGAUUCCCGUUCUGCGUCUUUCAACGACCUCAAGUAUUAUCAUUUGUUCUACCUGAAGAGUCGGUCAUCACAUGACGAGCAGCUACAGAUGUGGGGCGAGGAGCUGACCAGUGAGCAGGACGUAUGGUCCGUGUUCGUCAACUAUCUCACAGGAAUGCCCAACAAAAAGGGAGUCAAGGUGGUUCGAAUCCCAUGGGAUGAUGACGAGAUUGUGGCAGAGACGUCUCUGAUCGCUGACAAGCUGGCAUGUGUGAACAAACGCGGCGUCCUCACCAUCAACUCGCAGCCCCGAGUGAACUGUGCUCCGUCUGCUGACCCAACUGUAGGCUGGGGAAUUCCCAAUGGCUAUAUAUACCAGAAAGGAGAACAAGACUACACCAACUGUGAUGAGUACCAGCCUAUUGCGGUCACGUGGGGCGUCUUCCCAGGCAAAGAAAUCAUCCAGCCCACUGUUGUGGACCCAGAAUCAUUCAAGACCUGGAAAGAUGAGGCCUUUGCUUUGUGGCUGGAAACCUGGGCAACUAUCUACCCAGCUGAGUCAAAGUCACGCCAAGUGAUUCAGGACAUCCAUGACAACUACUACCUUGUGAAUCUAGUGGACAACGAGUACCCCAGAGAGACAGUUCUGUGGGACAUUGUGGACCAGAUGUUGGAGCUCUCAGGAGGCAAAGGAGGCCCAUGUUCAGAGUUGGUGAACUAGACUGAAACGACUUCGUGGAUAAAUUCUUGACAACAUGGCCUAUGACGAGAAGCAAGUUAACACUGUGACAGCUUUAAGCGUCCACCAGUUCUGAUGAUACACUGGGUUUUGAUGAGUCAUUGUAAAUAAGUAUUGAUGCGCAAGUGGAUAAAUGUAAAUAUGACAAAGUUAACACUUGAGCUUUGUAAAAAAACAAAAAUUCCAAUGGGAAGAAUAUAUGCCACGCACGUCACUGUAAAAAAAUACUCUCUUGAUUCACCCUGUAUUCAGGUUAUAUAGAGAUCAAGUUCCAAAUAACUUGUACGGUAUGCUUUCAAAAGGAGAAAUUUAAGUAUAUUAUUAUUUAAAGUGCUGAGCAGGCAAGCAAAUUUUAUGGCUUUGGAAUUCCCUGGCUUUGAAGCUUUGAUUGUAAAUGAAGUGACCUUCAUUUUAGUCGGCAACUACGCUUAUAUUGUAUAUAUGAUAUUUGACACAUGGAUUCUGCUCCCUCCAUACACCAUUGACGUCUGAUGUCUAUGAAGAAACUUUGGCUGUGUACAAUUUUGUCUUGAUGAUUUGACAGUUCUCUUAUGCUUAAAAAGCACUGUGAUUAUUAGUUAUUAGAGGAAGUAAACAGUAUUUUUUUGCUUUCCCUAUUUUGCUGCAUAUUUUGUUACUCUUUGCUGAAUAUCUAUGCUUAGAUGUCAUGUGGUGUUUGGCUUGAUUUAUGUUUUUGUGAAGUAUUCAGGGCAAGAAGUAUAGUUUGUAAACAAU